AUGUCGCACUUUCUCUACUUGACUCCACAAAUUCUUCUGCCCUUUAGCCCUCUUACUUCUCAGGAGUUUGAUCUGAUCAGACGCAAGGCUGGGGCCUCUUGGCAGAAUGAAACGAGAUGGUCAGAUUCUUCUCUGACAACCUACAAGGGCAGUUACCGGAGGAAAGAACUGGAUAAAUCCACAAGCAGCCAGUUUUGUUUGGAAGCGGGAAAGCAGAGGCCUGAGAGUCGCCAGAUGUCAUCGCCAAGGGCCUCUGCCCACAGCCCCACCCUCUGCAGGGCUGGUCCCCAAGACACUGCAGGUGGUAAAGGACUAUUCCCUCAUAUCACCAGUUCCUUUAAAAAGCCACAUGAUGUCAAGCACAGAGUGGCACACCAGAUUCUGUUUCGUGAUCUUUCUUCAGUGACCCCAAAUUAUGAAAAACCAUAUGUGAGAAUGAAAAAGCCAGCAUCCAAGAACCUGGUGAAGGCCAAUCAACGGACAGUCUUCCUGAGAUGUCCACGGCAGCCUUGUAAUUCCGCGAACAAGCCUGAAUCGUCCGAGGACUCGGAUGCUGAUCAAUACUACGUUUACAGCCUGGGAGGACCGUUAUGGUAAUGUCUGAGCCGGAAGACAAAGCCACAAAGCCGCGCGCCCGCCCGGAGUUUGCCUCAUUACAGACUUGGAGGUAGGAGAGGGCCUUGGACUACCUGCGCCUUGGCAGGCUGCCUUUCUUGGACCCUUCCCUGGCCUUCGAACGCCUUCGUCCCUCAUUUUUUC